CUGUUUUCAGUGGCUCUAUGACGUUGUUCGGGUGAGAUAGUCGAAUGCGCAUGCGCAAACCCUUGAGCGGCUUGGAGAGAGAGACAAGUACGAGAUUUCUCCAUAGAAAAGAACCGAAAAUAACAGAAGCUUUGCGUUGCUAUUGGAUCCUUGCGCUGCUCCCCUUUCCAGCCCGCUGAAUCCGAUUGGAGGGCUGGGAGUUGGGAUCCCGCCCCUGCAGCUCCUCUUAGGCCACGCCUCCCUGCAGCUUGCCCAGCUCGUUACCGCUGCAACCUCCACUUCUGCCGCCAACCCCCACCACCCUCCACUCACCUCCUCUCGCCCCCUUCAACCUCCUCACAGCAGCAGCUACCUUCAAUAACAUGUCCCGUCCCCUAUAUAACCCCUUAGGGGAUCAGUACUCUUCACAGGCCCAGAGAUCUGCCACCCAGAUGGGGCAGUACGGACUCACACAAUCCCAGGCCGGAAGGGACCCUCUGGGGGCCUCCCGCCUUGGUCUGGGGUCUGGUGGUGGUGGUGGUGGUGGUUCCUCCGGCCAGGGAGGCAUGAUGUCCUCGAUGGUGGCCCAGCAGACCUCCAUAGACGACCACAUCCGCGGGGCCAGAGAGGAGGUGAGGCUGCUCAGCCAGUUGAUGCAGCAGAAUAAGAACCAGCAGGUCUCACUGGACGCCCAAGACCUUCGUCUAAGUCGCGACCCCAUGGACGAGCUCUCGUCUGGAGGAGGGCUGGGAGGUUACACCCCUGGCCGGACCUCCAGCGACCAGCAAAGUUCCAUGGACCCCUGGUCUGGCUUCCUGACCCAGUCUGCUUCCUCCAAACUCUUCUCCUCCACCCUUCCUCAGUACCAAAGCCAAACCUCUGGGUUUGGAGGUGCGGGAGUGCUGGGGUCCACCUCCAGAGGUUCCGAGGCCCCCAUGAGCGCCUGGUCCGCAGCCUCUCGUCCAGCCCGGUACACGUCCAAGUCCGCCAGCAGCAUCCUGGCGAGUUUCGGCUUGUCCAACGAAGACCUGGAGCUCCUCAGCCACUACCCAGACGAUCAUCUGACCCCAGACAACCUGCCCUUCAUCCUCAGAGACAUCCGCAUCCGUAAGGCCAAUAGAACUAUGGAUGUGGACCCUCGGCCCAAGGUAGGCGGUGGACCUGGCCCAGGAUCCGACCACGGUGGUGGAGGACAGAGCAAAGUGAUCGAUUACGAACAUUCUCGUGGUACUAAAUACGACAGUUAUGAUGAUGGCGAUAAUAGCCAACCCGAUAAUUACAGCUCGCGCAAUCCGCUCCCAAAAGAGAAGCCAAAAUAUGACAUGGUCAGAGACUCGCUGAGCGGGUACGCCGGCCAUUCCAUGACCUCCGACCUUUCCAAGCAGCGUACUCAACAGCAGCACAUCCACAGACCAGCGGUCCAGAGCCCCAUCCCCAUGACAGACACAGGCUCUCGCAUCGGCCUUCCUCUGCCUUCCAGCCCACCCCAGCAGACCCUCAAAACCCACGGCUCAUCCUCUAAAACAACAUCUAAGCCCAUGACCAUCCCUGUCCGCAGCGGAGACCAAGGACUCAACCGACUCCUGGCGUCCCAGAAUCAAGGCAACGCUCAGGGCCACGCUCAGCCCCGGUCCGGCCUGGUGGUUCUUGGUGGUGGAGGUGGAGCUGGGGUCGGAAUUCCAGGACUCAGGUUUGGAGGUGUCCCGGUCGGGGUUCCUCCUCCCACGACACCCCCCAUUUGGCCUUCCAUAUUCCCCAUCAUGAACCCGUCAAUCCCACCUCCUGGUCAUGUCCCGGUGACUUUUCCUCUGCCCCGGACUGGUCCGAUGCCUUCCAUGCACCAGCAGAUGAACCUACCUCCCCCGAUGAUGAUGAUGACGAAGAGGUUACCGACCCCGACCAUGAUGAGCGAUUACUCCGCAGCUUCUCCCAGAUUCUUUCCUCAUACCUGUUCUCUCUGUAACAUAGAAUGUGCCCAUCUAAAGAACUGGAUUGAGCAUCAAAACACCGGUCUCCACGUUGAGAAUUGCCGUCUACUCGGGAAAUCGUAUCCCGACUGGAACGUGGAAACUGUCGCUGUAUCACUAAAUGAAAGCAUCCAGUUGUCCUCCACGCGCCGUCGGAGAACACGCUCCGCCUCCCGUUCUUCAUCCUGGUCUCGCUCUCCUUCUCCUCCUCCUCGCUCCUUCUCCUACCACACCCCUUCCUCCUCUACUCGCCGACCUCGAUCCAGGGAACGAUCCCGCGAACGUCGACACAACACCACCACCCGGCGUUCCCGGUCUCCGUGUUCACUUCGGGGCAGGGAGAGAGAAUGUGACCCUCCGGCCUCGUCGUCUUCCCACCGGGAUCAGGAACGUCGACCUCAGACAGCUUCUUCAUCCCGGAGGUCGCGCUCGAGGAGCUAUGAGCGGGAGAGAGCGAGGGAACGUCGGGAGACGACGAGGAGGAGGAGCCUGCCGAAGUCUAACAGUGCUGAGAGACUGGCCAAGAAACUACUGGAGUCAUCUGCUGGCCUCUCCCUGACGGAGAACACCAGUCUAGAAGUUAUGAUGCAGUCCCUCGCCCCCGCGCUCCUGGCAGAGCUCGCCAAGAAGAAGGGAGCCGCUGCCUCCUCCUCUUCCUCCUCGAAGGGAGGUGCCUCUGGAAGGUCAUCAACCAGGAAAUCGUCCUCUCCCUCAAAGUCAUCCAGCUCCACUUCUACCAAGAAGAAACGAGGCCCAGGGACCUCAACUCUGUUAAAACUGAUGAAUAUCCCUCAGCACACAGCUCAUGAUGAGGUGAUGAAGGCCGUAGAACCCUUCGGAAAGAUCAACAACAUCAUCCUGCUCAAGUCCAUACAGCAGGCAUCAGUAAUGUUUGAGAAAGAGGAGGAUGCCAGACUGCUGGCUAACUGUAAGACCCUGACCAUCAGAGGCCAGGUCGUUAUCGUACGGAUGGAGGAAGAGACUCUGCUGGAGGACUCAAAGGAACUGGACCGGGACAAGAAGUCUUCUUCUGAAAAGAAAGCGACCAAGAACGCACCCAAGGUGUGUGGAUCUAAUACCAAGUCCAAGGGGAAAAGUCCCCUCGGUCCUCAGCAGCCUGACAUUGCGAAUAAUCGGUUUGUGAAGAUCGAAGGUUUACCAGAAACUGGCUAUACAGAGGAAGAUGUUCUGGCUCUGGUGAAGCCUUACGGAUAUAAACCUGGACUCUACAACUGUUUCAUUCUGCCCAACCAGAGAUGGGCCAUAAUCCGUAUGGAGAGAGAACAGAAGAGCUUUGCUAUGUUGACCAACUACACAGAGACCCCUCCUAAACUACUAGACUGUCCCCUCACCUUCACGCUGACCCGCCCUGAUACAAACCUCCGCCAGGAGGGUGUGUACACCACUCUGAAGGGCCUCACCACUACGGAUCCAACGUUGAAGGAACGUCUUCUGAUUGUCAGUAACGUCCCCGCAGGGACUGUAGCAUCCCAGGAGGUUCACGACCUCGUCAAGCGCUUCGGCUCCUACCGCGACUCGCUGUCUCUGAUCAACAGGAUCUAUUUUGAGAUGGAAUCGUCGUCGGUGGCGACGACCGUGUGUCUUCAUUUCCAGAAGUCCCCCAGUGUAGUUCAGAACAACCCUCUGAAGUUCAACUUGCUGGUCAAGGAUCAACAGGCACCGCAGCCCCCAGCCCAGAAGACAUCUGUUGCCAGCACCAAAGCCAAGAAGAAACCAAUCAAAGGCAAGAAGCCUGUAGCUAAAGAUGUCACAACCCCAGUUAAACCUGUUACUUCCACUACUACCAGCACCGAUGCUACGGUCUCAUCCUCUCGGCCUGUUGCCGUGGCGACCAAGCAACCGGGUGACGACGUCAUCGUCGCGGAGGCCAAGCAACCAGGAAGUGACGUCGUGGUGAUGAAUUCCGACGGAAAGGCAACGGUGGCGGAGUCUGGAGGGAAAGAGGGUGGGAUUUCCUCGACUAAAGAUGGGAAGAAGAAGAACGCUCAUCCUCCCAAAGAGGAUGGAGGGAUGAAAACUGAGGAGGCAAAAGGAAACAAGGAAGACACUGCGACUGUCGUCGUUUCCGCCUCGUUACCUACGGUCGCCGUGUCCGCUCCCGAGGAAGAGGUCACCAUGGAAACCCAGAGCACCGACGGCGUCGCCUCGACCAAUGAGAUUGCAGCAGAACCCAAACAGGUUCUAGCUGCGGUCCCACAACAGGGCAGUGAUGUCAUUGCUUUGGCUAGUGAAACCGUGAAGACUGUGGCCACAACAGAACCUCGUCUGAUCUCCGCUGUGGAGGGAGCUGAUAAAGUGGCCAAUCCCGUCGACUCUGACACCGUUGCCGCCUUGGUACCGGAACAAACACCGGCUCCUGUCCCGGUAGAGUUAAAUGUUGAAGACAAACCUCAGGACUUUCCUCCGGUCACAGAGGAGAUCCUCAAGGCCCUGGAGGCAGCCGUGCACCAACACCGUAUGGGGAGACUGGCGGAGGAACAGGCGAAACAGGAACACAACCAGGGAGAGGGAAUCCAGGCCAAGCCUCUACCCAACCAGGAGAGCCCUGCAGCUGGGGAGACGGCGGAGAGAAAGACCCCGGCUGAGUCAGAAGAGAAGACUGGGGAGAAAGAGACAGCGAAGAAAGAGGAGCCACGACCAGAGAAGAAGUCACAGCCGGACAAGAAGACCACCGACACGAAGAAGACACCUUCAGGAUCUGGCCAACCAGACCACAAGAAUGGGAAGACAGAGGCUUCCGGAGGGAGAGGCCGGCGCCUCUCCCCAGAAAGGAGAGACUCUUCAAGGCAUAGAAGCAGCCGUGCUCCUUCCGAGGAGGGCUCCCUUCGACGUCUAGACAGGGCAACUCCUCUAGCUCCUCUUCUGGCUCCCGCAGCCCCGCCAAGAAGAAGGGGAAGAAGGGGAGGAAAGAAGAGGAAGACGGGAGGAGCAAGAGCCUCGGUAGCAGCAGUAAAACGACGCUCUCCUCGAGGAGCAGGUCUAAAGACACGUUGCUACGCGGGAGAUGAGUUUACGUCUGACGUCAUCCCUGGUGAAGCCAACUCCUUCUAUCUGGACCAGUUCAACAUGGACCAGUUUGUUACUGUGGAUGAGGUGCAAGGGGAUGAGGCUGAGAACACCAACCCACCGCAGUCAUCCUCAUCUCCGUCGCACAAGACCCAAGAUAAGGCCUCGGAAAGGUCAAAACGAUCGUCCGAACGCAAGAGGGGUACCCCAGAUACCCCAUCUCCGAAAUCUAGCCUGGAGCACAAGGAGACACCCACGUCCUCCUCCUCUACCCCGCCUGCUCAGAAGACUCCACGAAAAGCCGCAGCAAAAAAGGCAGCAGCUAAACCUCAACCACCUGCCACCUCUGGGCGCAAGACCAGGUCAUCAGCAGCUGUUGUUGUAGCGACCGAAGCCGCAGAAACCCAGGAAGCUGCCGAGGAAAACACCAGCAUAGCCGAUACGGAGGCGGAGCCUGUUCCCUUGGAGACUCGGUCUCAGUCGGAAGAGGAAGUUGUAGUGGUCACUAAGGGAUGUGACACGGAGGAUGUAGUACCGUCAUCCCACCACAAGAUGUCAGUGUUGGACACUGCAGUGACCGACAACAAGGAAGAGAAAAGUGCUGUGUCAGAAAGCGAUAUGGAGACGACCGCUGAAAAACUUCCAGAGCUAGAGGGGAGCGAGGAGGCGACCCAGGCUGAAAAAGGUUCCUCGAUUCUGGGUACCGAGGCUCAGAAUGGAGCCUGUCCACUGGAGCUUGGUCUGACCCAUCCGUCUGCCUCAGCCAAGGAGCGAAACCUUCAGAAGGCCCUGCAACUACUAGAGGUGGAGACGGUGUCGGGUCACCAGGUGCCCCAAUCACUUAUUGAUAAAGAACCUGAUGAUGAUGGUGAUUUCCAGAUUCUCGACGAAGCUGUGGACGAUAACACACGUAGAGACGGAGAAGAGGGCAGUCAAGACACUCAAGAACAGUCUGGAUCUCUAUCACUGGGUUACCAGGCGCCUGCAGCCCGAAUCUACAGAGUCCCAGAAGACACUGAAGACAACAUGGCCGACUCCUCUCUCGCAGGCCAAGGAGGCCGAAGAGAUUCUCUACCCAGAGAGAUGGAGGAGUUCCAGAUACUAGAUUCAGUCGACGAUCAGACGGAAACGACCCAAGUUCUGGACAACCAUACGACUGACCCUAAAUGUCAGGGGGGCUCCAAGCCUCUAAAGGGGGGGUAA